AUGGAGUUCCUAGAGCACAAGCAGAGGAACAUGACUGUGGCUGAAUAUGCAGCCAAGUUUGAGGAGCCGGUGAGGUACUUUACCCAUUAUCAAGGGAGAGAUGGAGAAAGUUCAAAAUGUGUGAAGUUUCUGAACAACUUGCAACCGGAGGUGAAGCAAGCUACGAAUUACCAAGGUGUUCGUGAGUUUCCACUUUUGGUGAACAUGUGCCGGAUUUGGGAUGAAGACUCCCGAGAUAGGGCGACCUAUUAUAGGAGUAUGGGCCUAAUGAAGAACAAAAAGAAUGGACCUCAACAUCGGGGAAAACAAUACUCGACCCCUCCUAAAUAUUAUGGUAAUUGCCCCAACAAUCAGAGGACUGUUGUUAUGGGUUUGCUUGGGGGUAGUGGUAGCAAACCCACUACUUUCUCAACUCAGGUCACUUAUUACAAGUGUGGUAAGCCAGGGCACAUCUCCUCAAAUUGUGCCAAUAGAGACAUGACCUGUUUCAACUGCAGACAGAAGGGGCAUUUUCAGAGAGAUUGCCCAUAUCCCAAGAAGGAGCAAAAUGAUGGGGGUUUGAAUGACCAAAUUGGACAUCUGAAGGCCAAGGGAAGGGUCUUUACUCUUAAUGGUGACAAAGCUUUGAAAUCCAAAGAUCUAAUCCAAGAUAAAUGUUUCAUAAGUGGGAUUCCCUUACUUGUGCUAUUUGAUUCCGGUGCGACCCAUUCAUUUAUGUCUUAUUCAUGUGUAGAAAAACUUAAGCUUUAUGUGUCUUCUUUAAAUAAAGAUUUGGUGGUAGAGACCCUAACUAGUGGUUUUGUGUUAACUUAA